AUGCAGAUCGACGAGAUAAUUUCGGAUGACCGCAUUAAUAUGGAGACAUAUGGCGUCCAAGAGCUUCGCGAUGGCUUCUUUGAUGCGCUCUUCUUGACGCCAAAGCCAUUAGACCCUGACUUGGUUGCUGAAAUCGCCAAGGCAACUCUGCCAAAGGCAUUCGACAAGAGCCAUCCCUUGUCUGCGAAGCAUUUUCUACCAAGGCAGCUUCAUGAGUUAAUAUCAGUCGCACACAGAGUUGCAACCACAAGAGCUGGCAUUGAACUUAUAAAGUCGUUUCUAGCCUUCUUUAUUGUGUAUAUACUCUGUCUUGCUCAGCCAGUCCACAACUGGCUCGGUCGAUAUGACUAUAUCAUGGCCGUGUCUGUCAUUAUCAACCAUCCAGGCCGUAGCUUUGGUUCGCAACUGGAUGGCGCGGUAUUGACGAUUAUCGGCACCGCCGUUGGCCUGGGCUGGGGCGCUGUUGGUCUCUUGCUAUCCGUAUCAACUAGUGAUGCUCGUGAGGGUUAUGGAUGGAUCCUGGCGGCCUUUUCUAUCGUUCUUUUUGCUAGCAUCGCAUUCCUGCGUGCGUUUCUUAUUCGUCUCUACCAGCCUACUCUCUGCGCAGGCAUAGCUCUCACUUUUACAACACUAGCCGAGACACAAAGUGGUGAAAUCAAAUGGCAGAAGUUUUGGAACUAUGCAAUUCCUUGGGCCUUGGGACAAGCUGUUGCUUUGGCUGUUAAUUGCCUCGUUUUCCCUGACGCUGGUAACCAUUCUUUGGCAAUUGCUCUCGAUAAGUCGUUCAAAACUAUGCAAGAAUCCCUCGUCAUCCCUCGCCCCAGGGAUAUAAGAGCAAAGAGACGCCUAGCAAAAGCGUUUAUGGAGGUGUCUCUCGCAUAUAGAGACAUGCGGAUUGACCUUACAAUCACCCGUUUUCGCCCAAUGGAUGUCCGGGAGUUGCGUAAUGCGGUGCAAGGUGUGGUUAGAGCUCUUCUCUCCAUGAAAACAGACACGGAUCUCUUUGAGGAGUUGGAUAGCCCCGUCGGUAUCACUGUUGCGGACGGUUUGGGGGGUGAAAUACCUUACGAGGACUCCGGACGCAAAAUAGCCCAGGCUCUCUCAAGCCCUACCAAGGAAGUCAUGGCUUGUAUGACGGAGGCUGUAAGCAGAUGCCAUGCUGCGUUGAUGGACUUGACCGGCUGGCGCAAAGGAAUCGGCCCCUCUGCAGAUAUCUCCUCGGACAUUGUCCCUAUUCAACUGCGUAUGAAAGAAGCCCUUGAAGCCUUUGACGACGCAGAAGCAAGACUCCUGGCAUCCAAUGACAGACCCGAUACGUAUGAAGAACAUGGGCAGGCUGUAGAGCUGUUUGUCUUUGCAAGACACGCCCGUGAGACAGCAGCAACUGUCGUUCAUCUCAUGACUCAUGUUCAUGAUAUGCAGUUUCACUCCAACCACACACGCAUCAAUCUCCCAACUUACCCCCCUGCCAAAGCCUUGUACAGAACGAACGCCCAGGUCAGGCACGACCGUGGCGGUGUUACGGCUGGUAUGUACAAGGCGACGUUUAAAGAGAUUAGGAACCUCAUCAGCUUGACGAAUGCGAACGAGGGGCGUCCACAUAAUCUCAAUUUCCGCUCACUUACUGAAGGAAAGAAUGACGAUAUUACCUUUGAUGUACCCGGCAAGAAGAAGCUACGUUAUAGGGUGUGGCUAGUCCUUCGCCGAUUACAGGACAUCGAAAGCAAAUACGCAUUGAAGGUUGCCCUCCUAAUUUUAGUUCUGGCUCUUCCUGGAUGGUUGGGCACCGAAACGGGAUGGUGGAAUGCUCACGAGGCAUGGUGGGCUGCUUGUUUAGGCUGGAUCACAAUGCAUCCGCGUGUGGGUGGCAAUGUUCAGGACUUCUUUACUCGUGCUUCCAUAGCUAUCCUCGGCGCCGUAUGGAGUGGUGCAGCUCACGCCGCUAGUCGUGGGAACCCAUAUGUAUUGGCUGUGUUUGCUGCUAUCUACAUGAUUCCCAUGAUGUAUCGCUUUACACAGAGCAAGCACCCGCGAUCCGGUCUUAUUGGCUGCCUUUCAUUCACCGUCAUAUCUCUCAGUUUGCGAAACCAUGCGGCCGACGCAUCUGUAACAUUAUUAGGAGUCCAUAAGGGCGUCGCCUUCUUAGUCGGAACCAUAGCACCCAUCAUAGUAAACUGGAUGCUGUGGCCCUUUGUUGCCAGACACGAACUCCGAGGGGCACUGUCUUCGAUGAUAUAUUACAUGAAUGUCGUUGCAAACUACGUCUACUUUGACGAAGGAAAGGAUCCAACUCCUGAAGAUAUAAGGAGGUCCGAGAUGCUUGAAAGUCGAAUGCGCGAGGGUUUUGUUAGAAUCCGACAGCUCCUCGUCAUGACACGCCACGAAAUUCGUCUUCGCGGCCCCUUUGAUCCUGUUCCUUACUCAUGUCUUGCCGCUUCCUGUGAGCGCUUUUUUGAGUAUCUUAUCGCUGUCCGGCAGUCUGCUCUCUUCUACAACCCAAAUUACAUCCGCGAUAACCCCGUUGCUGCCGAGAUGCUUUUCACGUACCGGCGAGAUGCAGUCGCCGCCAUUCUCAGCAAUUUGUACACACUCUCUGGUGCUCUGAAGCAUCAAAAGAAAGUCCCUCACUACCUUCCGAGUGCCGCUGCAGCAAGAAAGAAACUCCUCCACAGGACUGUCGAGGUCGCCAAAGAGAUGGAAGAGAAGGCGGAAUACCGAGAACUCGAGAGGCAAAAGACAUGGAGCGACAUAUACAGCUACUCAUACAAUGAGAGUCUUACAGGCUGCGUUGCCCAAUUAGAAGAACUGGAACAGUUUACAAAACUUAUAAUGGGAGAGAAACGGUUCGAGGGCAAGAAGCACUUGGAUUAUUAUGAUGAAGAUGCUGAUGUAUUGCCUGAGCGGCUUAAUUGA